AUGCCUGAAAAGAAAUUGCCAAUGAAACUGAAGGGCAGGGAGCUUUUUGAGAAAAUUGGAAAUCCUAGGCACAUUGUAGCUCCCAUGGUGGAUCAAUCUGAACUGGCUUGGAGGGUACUAUCUAGAAGAUAUGGUGCCACAUUGUGUUACACACCGAUGUUUCACGCCAAACUAUUUGCUACAUCUGAAAAAUAUAGAAGGGAAAUGUGGUGCGAUCUGGAUGGCGACUCUAAAUUGGAUAGGCCUUUAGUGGUUCAGUUUUGUGCUAAUGAUCCAGAGUAUUUACUACAGGCGGCGAAGCUCGUGGAAGAUAAAUGUGAUGCCGUCGAUUUAAACUUAGGGUGCCCUCAAGGUAUCGCCAAAAAAGGACAUUAUGGUUCGUUUUUAAUGGAAGAAUGGGAUUUAAUCCAUAAACUAAUCAAAACAUUACAUGAAAAUUUGAAUAUACCAGUCACAGCUAAAAUAAGAGUAUUCCCGGAUAGACAGAAAACAUUGGAUUAUGCAAAAAUGGUUCUAGAUGCCGGCGCUCAAUUUUUGACUGUUCAUGGGAGACUUCGAGAACAAAAAGGCCAACAAACUGGUUUAGCUGAUUGGGAUAUCAUUAAAUAUCUGAGAGAGAAUUUACCGGAUAAUACGGUCUUCUUUGCUAAUGGUAAUAUUCUUUAUCCUGAAGAUAUUGACAGGUGUAUUUCUCAAAUUAAAUGCGAUGCAGUGAUGAGUGCGGAGGGUAAUCUAUAUAAUCCUGGCGUGUUCAAUGUGCAUUACAUUGGUGAUAAAGAUAAAACAUAUCCUCGUGUCGACGUGCUAUUAAGAGAGUAUUUUGAGAUAAUAAGAAAUGAGUGUAAGGAAUCACUAGCAUCUCGUAAAGCAAUGAAAUCACACUUUUUCAAGCUGCUCAGACCAUUUUUACCACAUUAUACAGAUAUUAGGAGCAAUAUUGCUGCAUUAAACGCUAAAUCAGAUUUAAAAGAAUGGGAAGAUAAGGUUGUAAUACCAGUAGAAGAAGCGGUACAGGAGCUUUUCAAAAACCCAGACAUUGAAGAUAUGAUAAUUACGCAUGAUAAGGAACUAUGGGGCGGUUCAUACAAGACAAUUCCGUACUGGAGGUGCCAGCCUUACUUUAGGCCGGUGAACGGUGUGACCGGUGACAAACGUAUAGUACAAGAGUUAGAGUCCAAGAAAAGAAAAGCAGAAUUUUCUCUAGACAGUCAAAAGGAGAAAGAGUUUAAGACAGAGUAA